GUAUAAAUAUGUCUCGACAUCUUUUGCUCAGUUCUCAAGCAAGUGGCUUCUCCACCCCUAAGGAAUUUUUUGUUUUUUCUCAGUUAAGCAAAGAGAAGUCAGGACAAUGGAGAGCUUGGGAGGCUUUGCUGAUGGAGAACUGGACUUACUGAGAAUUUUGUUCUCCAAUGAUGAGCCUGAUCAGUACCCUUUUGGGAGUAGCAUUCUUGAAGAUAGACCGAACUUUCAGAUCCCGCCGACUCUUGUUGCCAAUCCCGAUAAAGCCUUAUCGGGCAUGGACUACAUAGGAGGGGUUCAUGAGAGUUUGUAUUGUUCUUCAGUCUCUGAUCUUGACUCUUUUAAUCUGCAAUGCUUCUCUCAAGAGAGCAGCUUUUCUAGUGCUUGCAGCAACAGUUUUCUUAAUGUUCCCGUUCCGAGCCUCGAGAACUAUAGCAGCUCUAAUUAUGUGUCAGUCGCUAGCGAUCAAGUCUCUAUGUUCAUGGAUGUUUGUGCGAAUGGAGGGAACAAUGACUCCUUUGUCACAGAUCAAGAGAUUGUGUGCUUAAGAGAGAACAUGAUCAGCGAGGCCGAAAUCAAGGAUGGUGACAAUGUUCAGCCUCAAGAAGUUUCUGCUCCCGUCGAGGCAUUGCCAGUGGAAAGAAAGCCUGCCAGAUCAGGCAAGAUAGCCUCAAGGAAUGAUAAGACAGAUGUUGAAAUGCCCGAGAAGCCAAAGAAAAAACCACGCCUCUUGUCAGAUGUGCAGAAAACCCUAAAGAAGAAUAUGCCAUCGAAAAAGAAUCAGAAGCUCACUUCCCUCGAUGACGACAAUGAGGAGAGCAAUGUCAAGGAAGAAGGACAGAGCUCUAGUACUUGCAGCUCUGAGGAUGAUGUUUCUUCUCAGGAGCUCAAAGAUUCAAAGGCCUCCGAAUCUCUCAGCUCCGAUGUAAAAACAAGAGCUGGUAGAGGAGCUGCCACUGAUCCUCAGAGCCUCUAUGCAAGGAAAAGGCGCGAGAGGAUUAAUGAAAGACUGAAGAUUUUGCAGAACCUCAUUCCUAAUGGAACCAAGGUUGACAUCAGUACAAUGCUUGAAGAAGCAGUGCAUUAUGUGAAGUUUCUGCAGCUCCAAAUUAAGCUCUUGAGCUCUGAUGAUCUGUGGAUGUAUGCUCCUAUUGCCUACAAUGGAAAAGACAUUGGCCUGGACAAGAUUAUUUUUCCUCUAUGACGUGGCCGUGAGCUCGGGAUUUCUUUAAUGCAGAUUAGCCGAAGACACGGUGCAGGAUUCAUUAUACAUAAAAAUUUCUAACCUCUUCUCUGGGUGCAAAGUUCAGCACCCAUUUCGAAACAUGUCGAUUACAUACCAAUAUUUUUCUUAGUCAUGUCUAAUAUACGUUUUGUUUCAAAUAAAUAACAGCUUAAAUUACAUCAAACACAUGCUUAUCAUAAAGCAGGUGAUCACAGAA